AAAAAAAAAGACCAAAAGCAAAGAACCGUUUCUAACUUUUUCAUCUCUCACAAGGUCAACAAGCAAACCCAAAUCCAAACUCCACCGCUAAUUCAAUUAACAACAAAAAUGGCCAAGCUUCUCUGUAUCACGAAUUGAAAAGAUCUCCUCCAUACUCCCCCCUCGUCGUAACCGCCGACGGCUUAUGCUGUUUUCUCAAUCGCUUUUUUCGCCCCCUCCGGUGACCGGGAAAUCUCUUCCAAAAACAAGUUUGAACCAUUACUAUGAAGAGCAGCACCACCAAGGUCAACAACAACAACAACAACGGAGUUGUUAAUCACCAAACGACGACCAACCGCUUUUUACCUAAUUCCCUAAAAUUCAUCUCCUCCUGCAUCAAAACCGCUUCCUCCGGCGUACGCUCAGCUAGCGCCUCCGUCGCCGCCUCUCUCUCGUCCGAUUCCCAGGAGCUCAAGGAUCAGCAGGUGUUGUGGUCAUCCUUCGAUAGAUUACAAACAAGCGAAUCUUCUUUCAAAAACGUCCUUCUUCUCGGUUACGCCAACGGCUUUCAAGUCGUUGAUAUCGACGACGCGAGCCACGUCAGCGAGCUUGUGUCGAGGCGGGAUGAUCCCGUUACGUUUCUGCAGAUGCAGCCUUUGCCUGCUAGAUGCGAAGGAGUCGAAGGGUUUAGAUCGUCGCAUCCGAUGCUUUUAGCUGUUGCUGAUGAAUCAUCAUCCAAUGGUUCAGCAGCUUCUGUUGUAACUGGCGGCAGAGAUGAUGGUCCUCUCGCACUCUCUCCCACGGUUGUGCGGUUCUAUUCACUUCGAUCUCACAACUACGUUCACGUUUUGAGAUUCCGUUCUACUGUUUAUAUGGUUAGAUGCAGUCCCCGGAUUGUAGCUGUUGGCCUUCGUUCACAGAUUUACUGUUUUGAUGCGCUAACACUUGAAAACAAAUUCAGUGUGCUCUCGUAUCCUGUUCCUCAGCUUGGGUCAAACCAAGGGAUAUCUGAGGUCAAUGUAGGAUACGGUCCGAUGUCUGUCGGACCGAGAUGGUUGGCUUAUGCUUCCAACGGUCCUUUAUCGUCUAGUUUAGGUCGACUGAGCCCUCAGAAUGUUACUCCUGGCGUCAGUCCAUCUACGUCGCCGAGUGGUGGUAAUCUGGUGGCGAGGUACGCCAUGGAAUCUAGUAAGCAUCUGGCGGCGGGUUUACUCAAUUUGGGUGAUAAGGGUUACAAGACUAUAUCUAAAUACUGUCAAGAUCUCAAGCAUGACGGUCCUGGUUCUUCUCUUUCCUCCAGUCCUGGUUGGAAAGUUGGUCGGGCUGCAUCUUCAGCUGAGUCUGAUGUUGCUGGAAUGGUUAUUGUCAAGGAUUUUGAAUCUCGAGCGACUAUAGCACACUUCAGGGCUCACACUAGUCCAAUAUCGGCUCUUUGUUUUGACCCAAGUGGCACUCUAUUAGUAACGGCCUCAAUCCACGGUAACAAUAUUAACGUUUUCCGGAUUAUGCCUUCAAAGAAUGGAUCAGGUGCUCAAAGCUAUGAUUGGAGCUCCUCACAUGUGCCUCUUUAUAAAUUGCAUCGUGGCAUGACAUCAGCUGUAAUACAAGAUAUUUGCUUUAGCAGCUACAGUCAAUGGAUUGCUAUUGUGUCAUCUAAGGGAACCUGUCAUAUUUAUGUUUUAUCCCCUUUCGGUGGAGAAAAUGUUCUUGAGGUAAGGAAUUCUUAUGUCGAUGGACCAACGCUUGCUCCAACGUUGUCUCUACCAUGGUGGUCGAGUCCAUCUUUUAUGACCACCCAGUAUUCGUUUCCACCGCCAGCAUCGGUAACUCUCUCUGUUGUUACCCGAAUCAAAUGCAACAGUUUCUUCCAUGCUGCAAGUUCCGUUGUAGGAAAACCAUCUUCCUUCCCUUCCGGUUGUCUCGCUGCUGUUUUCCACCAAUCCGUGCAGUCGUCAGCUCAUGCAUUGGACUAUCUACUGGUUUACACUCCGUCCGGUCAUGUAGUUCAGUACAAACUUGUUCCAUCUCUCGGAGGAGACCAGCCUGAGAGCAAUUCUCGAAUUGGUUCCGCCGCUGAAGAGGAACUGAGAGUGAAAGUCGAACCUCUUCAGUGUUGGGAUGUCUGCCGGAAAACAAAUUGGCCAGAGAGAGAGGAGAACAUAUGUGGACUUACUUUUGACGGACGGAAAGUUGUUGAGACUUCUGAUAGUGAAGAUCUAGCGAAGCCACUUGAGAAACACCACGUUUAUCUUGCCAAUGCAGAGGUGCUGAUAAACUCGGGAAGAAAACCAAUCUGGCAAAACUCAGAGAUAUCUUUCUAUCCGAUGUUCAAUGAUGUGAAUUUGAAUCAUCAUGGAGGCGGCGGGGAGAUGAAAAUCGAGAAAGUAUCUGCAAAUGAGGUUGAUAUCAGAAGGAAGGAUUUGCUUCCGGUGUUUGAUAAUUUUCACAGUGUUUAUUCCAGUAUGCGCAACAGAGGAUUCCCCGUGGAAAGAGAUUCUUCUUCUUCUGAGCCUGGAAAAAUUAAAGCAGCAGGCAUGGCUUACACCGAGAAUGAGGAGGAAAGAAGUGGAACUGUAACAUUCAAACAACCCGUGGUUUCGAUUUCUUCUGCUGUCAAAGACAGCGAUUAUACUAUAGACGAGGCUCAUAUGUUGCUAAAGAACGCCUCCCUGCCCGCUGAAACAACUAUUGAAAACAACAGCGGGACAAGUGGAGCUUCUUCAAAUGUAAGUUCUAACCGUUCUGAUUUGAGCAUGAAUGCAGGAGCGGAAAGUGAGGAGGGUUGUGCCAUUGAUGGCUCCCCAGAUUUUCAGCAGUUUUUCAAGGAAACUGCUGAAGAAGCAGAGGUAAAGGAUGAUCCAUCUGAUCAAAGAAAAGUAAAUGAUGAUGCUGACGAGGAUAACGACGACGAUGACGACAUGCUUGGUGGUGUUUUCGCUUUCUCUGAAGAAGGUUGAGCUUGCUUUAUGUUAUGGCCAAGCUCCAGUGGUGGAGUCACUUACCAAUCCCGUUUGCUGCGAACUUACUCACUGAUGGAUCUUAAUACCCUGGAAAGCAUUCAAAAUAAUCUAUUCACAUUUUAUCUUCGGUUUCUGUAAAUGGUUGUAAAUAGAUUAUUCGUAAUCAAACAGUCUUUCUAUUUGCAUGGACUGCUUUUCUUUGUUUCUUUUGUAAUUUUCUUUCACGUGUAACUCUAUUCAUUCAUCGGACAAAAAAAAGGGAAAAAAAAGGAAAAAAAUCAGGAAAAAUAAAAUAAAAGAUUUAUUUCGUUUGGGUU